AUGGAAAAUAAAAUUCUCAAAAAGCUAGAAUGACUUACAAUUUCCCCAGAAGGCAUUCAGCUCCAAAUCGACAAAUACAGCAAAGCACUUAUCCCAAAUAAUCCUACUGAAUUAAAUAAAUCACUGCAGUUUUUUGAUAACUUACUAUCGAAAAGGAAAUUAUUUGUUAAACUUAUUCCGAUCGAUUGUAUUAUUUCUCUUCCUAAAGAAUUACUCCAAUAUCCAGAUACUAGAAAUAUCUUCUUAAGUUGUCUUGCCAAAAUUUCUAACUUAGGAAAAGAAGAAUGCCACAGUAUUGUAUUAUAUUGCUGAAGAGAAAAUUUUGAAUUAUUUAUGCUAUGCGAAGACUUAAAUCUUGUUGAUUCUUGUUUACUUGGAAUAGGAGGAAUAAUAAAAUACAAUUUUUAUCCAAGUCACUCAUAUUCUCAAUUAAUUAUAAAUUUGAUGAAUAUUUAUAAUAGAGUGAAUAUGCAAGGAAUUAAAAGAUAUAUAUGGCUGCUUUAUCAUAUAAUAAACGAUUGCGAAUCAAUUAGAUUUGAAGAAGUGAGAGAUUUUAUUGGAAUCAUUAUAAAUGUACUUGGCGAUUAUAAUAAUAAUGAUGCCCUAUAUUAUGCCUUGAAUUGCAUUUAUGUAAUUUUCAAAAAAUUUCGCUUUCUAGAAAUAAGUUCGACUCCUUCAAUAUCAAGAUUUAUACUAUGUCAAGAUUAUGAUAUUUCGCUUGCAUCUGUUAAGAUAUUUAAAGAAAUCAUAGAUGGAAACUUCCUUGAAAUUAAUUUAUUAUUUUCGUCUGGAGUUUUUAGCAAUCUUGCCGCUCUAUUACCAUUGGCAAAGAAUCAAAAUUUGAAAAACAAAAUCGAACAUAUCUUAUCUUAUUUUUUACAGAAUGCAAGUAUAGAUGAAUUCUUAAAAUCAGUUAGUUAUUUAGAUCCACUUAUACAAAUUGCAAAUAUUAGUGAUACAAAUUUAGGGCUGCGCUCAUUGCAAAUUCUUUGCUAUAUUACCUACAAUUAUGAAUGAUUGAUUCCAUUGCUAAUAAAGCACAAUAUUAUUGAUACGUUUAUGAUUAGGUUUCGAUUCGAAGUCUAUGAAGUGCUAGAAGACAUAUUAAAAGCAUUGCUGAAAAUUAUGACAUAUUUAAAACUUAGUGAAUCAGAUUUUUUCACAGAAUUUCAUCGCUUACAAAAGAUAGGAUUCAUCUCUUAUAAUGAAUACUUGAUGAAAUGCCCGAAUUUGCAUGUUUCUAUUCUUGCUAAAGAUUUGGAUAAAAUCUUAUGGUAUUCUCAUUAA